UACAAACUUUAAAAAAAAAUCUUUAAUUGAAAGAAACAGACUGUAUCCUAUAUUGACCCAUUGAGAUCAAAAUCAUCUCUAAAAGUGUUGUUUCCUUAUACACCGAUCAGCCACAACAUUAAAACUACUUACAGAUAAAUGAAGACCUGGCCUCCAAAUUCCCCAGAUCGAGCAUCUGUGGGAUGUGCUGGAAAAAUAAAAUCUGAUUCUCGGAGCCCCAACCUCGCAACUUACAGGACCUAAAGGAUCUGAUGCUAACGUCUUGGUGCCUGAUACCAGAGGACACCUUUAGAGGUCUUUUGGGGUCCAUGUCUCAAUGGGUGAGAGCUCUUUGGGUGGUUCGAAGGUGUGUGUGUGUGUCUCUCUAACUGAAGCUUCCUCUAGUCUUCAGAAGUUUGCAGCUUGCGUGUUCAGUGUGCUUAUGUCUUCCAGUAUUGGCUCUACGUGGAUAAACCUGAAAGGUGAACAAAAUGUUCUUUCUUUUACAGCCAUCAAAUUGUAAUAGCUCAUCACUCAUACUGGCCUGCCAAGACAUGUCCUCACCUUUCUUUACGUGGUUAUUCACUGGAAUAGUAACUGUUAUUUAUUCAGUGCACCUCAUUUUUUUGUCUAUGCCUCUUGGGCUUUUCAGCAACUAGGUCAAAAAUAGCCUUGACCCCUUAUGUAAACAAGAUGUGAUACAGCAACAGCUGUGUCCCAGGAUGCAGCAGCGACUGCUGACGUGCAGAUCAACAGUCAGUACAAACAGAUUAAGAAAACGUGGAACUCCAAAACGUAGCUUGUUUGUUGAGUAUAACUUCAGAAAUAUCAGGAAAGGAAGACUCUGAACUUUAGUCUUUGGCAUUGCUUUCUGCAAGAACAAUUCCUCAGGCCCCCUGUCUUUGCUAGCACCCGAGAGGGCAGCUCAACGCCGACCCCGAGUCUCAGUUUUACAUGAUGUCGUCUAACUACACUCGUAGUGGGGUAUGCGGACAGCUGAGUCUCUGUUGAAGCGGUGGCUCAGUGCAAACGCCUGAACUGCAGCCAAAAUGACCACGGAGCUUACACAGACGGACGCCAGACAUAAUCCGUUGGCAACUGCCGGGUUUCUCUCAAGGGUCUUUUUGUGGUGGUUAACCCCAUUUUUGCACCUUGGCCACAAACGGAGGCUUGAGGAAAGUGACAUGUGCAGCGUUCUACCGGAGGAUCGGUCUGAAAGACUUGGAGAGGAGCUACAAAGAUUUUGGGACCAUGAAGUUAGAAAGGCUACAAAGGAACUUCGGAAGCCAAAACUCAACAGAGUCCUUGUUAAGUGCUAUGGGAAGUCCUAUGCAGUGUUUGGGUUGUUUGCAUUUUCACUGGAGGCCAUUAAAGUCAUCCAGCCACUUCUUCUGGGGAAAAUAAUCCUGUACUUUGAGAAUUAUGACCCUAACGACCAGAGAAGUCUUUGCAUGGUGUAUGGUUAUGCCACUGCGAUGUCCCUCUCCUCCUUUGGACUGACUAUCCUCCAGCAUCUCUACUUCUACCACAUCCAAAGAACAGGCAUGAAGAUACGAGUGGCCAUGUGUCACAUGAUAUACAGAAAGGCUCUUGGUCUCAGCAGUGAGUCUAUGGGACAAACCACCACUGGACAAAUUGUGAACCUUCUUUCAAAUGAUGUCAACCGAUUUGAUGAGAUUACACUCAAUCUGCACUACCUGUGGGUGGGGCCUCUACAAGCGAUGGUCAUCAUCAUUUUCCUUUGGUAUGAGAUUGGCUCAUCAUGUCUGGCAGGUGUGGUAGCCAUUGCCCUCAUGAUGCCUGUGCAGACCUGGUUUGGAAAGCUCUUUGGCAUCUUCAGGACCAAAACAGCACUCCAUACUGACAAUAGAAUUCGCAUCAUGAACGAAGUUGUGUCUGGCAUCAGGAUCAUCAAGAUGUAUGCCUGGGAGAAGCCAUUCUCAGCUCUGGUUACCGAAGUCAGAAGGAAAGAAAUCAGUCAUAUAUUGAAAAGCUCCUAUUUACGAGGACUCAACAUAGCUUCCUUCUUUGCAAGCAGCAAGAUCAUCGUCUUCGUAACCUUCACCGUCUACACUCUUCUGGGCAACACCAUCACUGCUAGCAGUGUGUUUGUCACUGUGUCCCUCUAUGGCACAAUCAAGCUCACGGUCACCCUGUUCUUCCCACUGGCUAUCGAGAAGUUGUCAGAGACUGCAGUCAGCAUUCAGAGGAUUGAGAAUUUCCUGCUGCUGGAAGAAGUUGAAAGAGAGACAUUUUCUGGGCUUCCGUUUGAGGGAAAGAAUGAAAACGCCAUUGAGAUUGAGACGUUGACCUGCUACUGGGAUAAGAGUUUGGAUGCUCCAACUCUCCAGAAUGUCUCUGUCACUGUGAAGUCCCACCAACUUCUGACUGUAAUUGGAGCAGUGGGGGCUGGAAAGUCAUCCCUGCUGAGUGCCAUCCUGGGAGAGCUGCCUCACGACACAGGGACAAUGAAUGUCAAAGGUCAGCUGACCUAUGCAUCCCAGCAGCCCUGGGUGUUCCCUGGAACCAUUCGGAGUAACAUCCUGUUUGGGAGAGAGCUCAACCCCCAGAAGUAUGAGAGUGUCAUCAGAGCCUGUGCUCUAAAGAAGGACUUGGAACUGCUUCCAGAUGGAGACCUGACACUGAUUGGAGACAGAGGAGCUACACUUAGUGGGGGACAGAAAGCUCGUGUCAGCCUGGCAAGGGCUGUGUAUGAGGAUGCAGAUAUCUACCUCCUGGACGACCCUUUAAGUGCUGUGGAUGCUGAAGUUGGCAAACAUCUUUUUGAACAGUGUAUCUGUGGCCUGCUGAAGAACAAGUCUCGUAUCCUGGUCACCCACCAGCUGCAGCAUCUCAGGGCAGCCGACCAGAUUCUGGUCCUUCAGGAGGGUCAUAUCAUGGCCCAGGGUACCUACAAUGAGCUGUGCUCUUCUGGUCUGGACAUGGUUUCCCUGCUGUGGACCAAUGAGGAGCAGGAGCGAUUGUCUCAAUCAGCUGACCCAGACAAACUGUCGUUACACAGCCAGUUAACAAAUCGCACGCACAAUUCACACUGUUCUUCCAGCAACCUCCUGCCCCCAGAGAGCAACUUGACAGACCAGCUUCCUGUUGAAACCGUUUGUACCAUGGCAGAGGAGACUCGGGUAGAAGGAGAUGUUAGUGGCCACAUUUACCUCAAAUACUUCACUACAGGCUGUAACCUUCUGGUCUUAUUGGUCAUAGUCCUGCUCAGUGUCAUGGCUGAGGUUGCAUAUAUUCUGCAGGACUGGUGGUUGGUAUACUGGGCAAGAGAGGAGUAUUUUAACAGUACAGCCACUGCUGAUAGCAUUAAAAAUGGAAUGAAUGCUACUCGCUCAGAUCAAGAGUUCAAUUUCACAUUUUACCUUGGCAUUUACUCAGGUUUGACAGCAGUUGCUGUGGUCUUUGGCUAUGCCAGGAGUUUAAUGAUCUUUCAUGGGUUGGUGAGAUCAGCUCAGACACUGCACAACAACAUGUUCAGCGCUGUCCUCCGCACGCCUGUUUGCUUCUUUGACGUCAACCCCAUAGGAAGAAUUCUCAAUAGGUUUUCCAAAGACAUUGGCCAGAUGGAUUCAAUGUUACCCAUCACCUUUGUGGAUUUCUAUCAAUUAUUUUUACAGAAUGCUGGCGUGGUUGUGGUGGCAGCCUCGGUCAUCCCUCUCAUACUUGUCCCCGUCAUUCCUCUCCUUUUUAUCUUCUUGUACUUGAGGCGUUUCUACCUCAGUACAUCCCGAGAUAUCAAACGUCUUGAAUCUACAACUCGGAGUCCAGUCUUCUCCCAUCUGUCUUCGUCUCUUCAGGGCCUGUGGACGAUCCGUGCCCUCAGAGCAGAGGAGAGGUCAAAGAAAGCCUAUGAUGCCCAUCAGGACCUGCACUCAGAGGCGUGGUUUUUGUUCUUGAUGACCUCCCGCUGGUUUGCACUUCGCCUCGACGGCAUUUGUUCCAUAUUUAUCACCUUCACAACAUUUGGCUGCAUCUUACUCAGAGAUGGGCUCGAGGCUGGAGAGGUGGGUCUGGUGCUCACUUAUGCUGUGACACUGGUAGGAAACUUCCAGUGGACUGUCAGGCAAAGUGCCGAGGUGGAGAACAUGAUGACAUCAGUGGAGAGGGUGGUGGAGUAUACAGAGCUAAAGAGUGAAGCACCUUGGGAAACCCAGAAGCGUCCACCUCCUGAUUGGCCAAACCGAGGAAUGGUGACCUUUAACGGGGUAAAUUUCUCCUACAGUGGCAAUGGACCAGUGGUCCUCAAAGACAUCAGCACCACCUUCCAACCCAAGGAGAAGGUUGGUAUUGUGGGGAGAACGGGUGCUGGGAAAAGCUCCCUUGUCUCAGCUCUGUUCCGCCUGGCAGAGCCUCAGGGAAAAAUCUACAUCGAUGGCGUUCUGACCUCUGAGAUCGGCCUCCACGACCUCCGCCAGAAGAUGUCCAUCAUUCCUCAGGACCCUGUGCUGUUUACUGACACUGUGAGGAAAAACCUGGACCCUUUCGACCAGCACACCAAUGAAGACCUGUGGAACGCUCUGGAUGAGGUGCAGCUGAAGUCCGUGGUGCAGGAGCUGCCUGGUAAGCUGGAGACAGUUCUGGCGGAGUCGGGCUCCAACUUCAGCGUGGGUCAGAGACAGCUGGUGUGUCUGGCCAGAGCCAUCCUGAGGAAGAACCGCAUCCUCAUCAUCGACGAGGCCACGGCCAACGUGGACCCCAGGACAGAUGAACUGAUCCAGAGAACCAUACGAGACAAGUUCCGAGAAUGCACCGUGCUCACCAUCGCUCAUCGUCUCAACACCAUCAUAGACAGUGACCGCAUACUGGUGCUGGACAGUGGUACCAUCCAGGAGUUAGACUCUCCCUUUUUACUGCUGCAAAACAAAGAGGGGGCUCUCUACAAGAUGGUGCAACAGAUGGGCCCCACUGAGGCAGCAGCCCUGCUGGAGUCAGCCAGACAGGCAUACACAGGAACCACAGCAGUCCCGACAGCUUGAAACCAGUGGAAAAGGGAUUUUCCAUUGUAUGCUUGUCUGCUGUGUAACAGACUCCAGAUCCAGGAUCCAGAUGUAAGUAGUAUCUGAGAACAACUGAGUGACCUGAAGACAGUUGGGUUUUCUAUUUUGUCCUAAAAGAUGUUUAUUUUCGAACGUCAUACGUUUAAUAUUGUUACAUGUGAAGUCUUCUCAUGCAGCUGACCAAAUGCCAGAGAGCUUGUUUCUGGGGUCUGUGACUUUGUUUCUCAAAACAAAACAUGUGAUACUUACUGUCCUGAGGCCUGUACUACGAAGCGAGUCUAACAUACCCAGGAAAUCUUUUUAUUUUUAUCUGGCCUCACUAAGUAUAAGAACCGCAAUCACGCUAAACGUUCAGGUGAUCGACCCUGGUUUUCCCAAGCGCGUUCACAUAAGAGGCGGUGUCUGCAGCAUGUGACCAAUUGCAAACACGGACAAGUCUAGUGGCAACAGAGCAGCAUAUUUUACACAUACAAAGAAGUUAAAACACAUUCCAGGCUAAAAGCAAUAGUUGCAACUGCCAAAUGCGGGAAGGACAGCUGGCGAAACAUCGCUCACUGUGUGAAUGUGCAAGUUAACAGGCUUAUAAUAUCAUUAGAGCGCAAGCAGAUCUGACUGCAAUGCCAUUAUAUUACCACGUUGUUUACAUGUAUUCUUAUGGCGUAUAUAAAAAUUUUAGCCUUUUUCUCGCAGCUGCAACCAUGUUGGUGUCAAACAAAUAUAAAAAAAAUAAUUUGAAGUGGCAAGUAGGCUUACUCUCCUUUCUUAUAAGUACAAGGCUUUAGUGCUUCAAUCAGUCUCUACGUAGGAAAAUAUCGGUUUACAAGAGCACAAGGAGACUGAUUUGACAUUGCUUGUAGUCAAAAGGAGAAAAAAAAUGAAACGAAGACACGAGGGGCCCUCUUACACAGGAGUACACUCCUGCUGAGGAGCUUGGCCUCUGCAGUAAUGAGGGUCACUCAUUAAAAAAAAAAUCGUCAGGGAAAGCCAGGGGGGGUUUGCUGGUCUUUGAACAUUCUUGCCCUCCUAAGACACCCUCUCACGAUCCAGGUGAUCUGAUUGCUCAGUAGGCGGAGCUUUUAUUCACAUCAAUCUGUUGUCUCAAACACUACCUGCAGGUAAGGUAUGCAGCGUAAGAAGUGAACCUCCAGGGUAAAACCUGAAGUUACCUCGCUAACCACAAACCCUGCUUCGUAGUACAAAGCCUAAGGAAAUCCAACCUGUGAAAUGUUAGAUUCACUAAAGAUGGUGUCAUUCAGUUAAUUGGAAUCCAAACUGUUCUAGUAAACACCAUUUGUUUUUCGUACACACUUUUGGGCAUUCUGAUUCUAAUUUUCAUACCUCAUUGAUUCAAAGCUGAUUUUUUUUUUUUGGGUUACUUUAAAAAGCCCUUUGUACCUGUUGCUGAGCCCAUCAGGGUAAAUGUCAUUUAAUAAGGUAAAAUCUUUGUAAAUAUAUAUAUAUAUAUAUACACUCUGUAUGUUUAUGUAGCGCUGGAAACAAUGUCGUAUAGUCAUGAAAUCUAAAACACUGAAAGUGUCAUCAUUUGAACAGAGAUUAAAGGAAUUCUACACACUCCCUCACUUGUAGCAGCUGUGUUCUGACUCCCCGUAAACUCUAGUCAGCAGAUUGAAUACAAGGAACCCAAUGUUUUUAGCAGUACAAUCUCUUUAUCAAUCAU